GGGUCUUUUAUGGUAGCAGCUUCCAGCAUUCUUAUUUGUUGUGUUGAAUUUAGAACGAUAAAUAUUCGAUAAAUAAUACACUAAUGAUGGCUUUCCGGGUAAUAUACAAACAAAAUAAAUUAAUAAAGACUAUAAUAUGCAGAAAUCAGUCUUCAGCGCCUAUGUCUGCUUUUGAAAUUCAGCACAAAACUCCAGUAAUCAGAAAAACAACCCCUAUACCAGUUGCAUUAUAUGGAGGAAGAAAUGCUGUUACCAUGCUUCCUGGGGGUGGCAUUGGUCCAGAGCUCAUGAAUUACGUUAGGGAAGUAUUCAAACAUGCAGGAGCUCCUGUAGAUUUUGAAGUAAUAGACAUUGAUCCUAGUGAGGAAACAAAGCAGUUUGAAUAUGCACUUACAUCCAUUAAAAGAAAUGGGGUAGCCAUUAAAGGAAAUAUUGAAACUAAAAGUGAGAAUACGGGAGUCCUAUCAAGAAAUGUGGGAAUCAGAAAUGAACUAGAUCUCUACAUAAAUGUAGUCCAUUGCAAAUCUUUUCCUGGUGUACCAGCACGCCAAAGUAAUGUUGAUGUGAUGAUUAUAAGACAAAAUACUGAAGGAGAAUAUGCCAUGUUGGAGCAUGAGAGUGUCCAUGGUGUCGUAGAGAGUAUGAAGGUGGUAACAGAAACUAACUCUGAAAGAGUAGCCAGAUACGCUUUUGAAUUUGCUAAAAAAAAUGGCAGAAAGAAGAUCACCACCAUUCACAAAGCUAAUAUUAUGAAACUAUCUGAUGGACUCUUCCUUGAUACUGCCAGAAGAGUGGCUCUUGAAUAUCCUGAAAUUGAGCACAAUGAUAUGAUCAUUGACAAUUGCUGUAUGCAGUUGGUAUCUAACCCCCAUCAGUUUGAUGUUAUGAUGAUGACAAAUCUUUAUGGAAGUAUCGUAUCCAAUGUUGCUUGUGGUUUGAUUGGUGGCGCAGGAUUGCUAUCAGGAAGAAAUUAUGGUGAUUAUUAUGCAAUCUUUGAGCCUGGUACUAGGAAUACAGGUACAGCAAUUGCUGGAAAGAAUAUUGCUAAUCCCAUUGCCAUGUUGAGUGCUUCCGUUGAUAUGCUAGAACAUUUAGGACAUCAGCAACAUGCUGAUCUUAUUCGAGAUGCCAUGACAAAAACAAUAUCUGAAGACAGAAUACAUACUCCAGAUUUAGGUGGAACUGCUAAGAGCACAGAUGUUGUUCAAAGAAUUAUUGACCACAUCCAUAAGUCUGACAUCAGACCUUGAAUUCGGUUUGAGUUUUGAUGGAAAAUAAAGUGUAUAUAAUAACAUAAUAAUCGUUUGCUAAGUAUUAUUUCUUUGUAUUUCAAAUAAGUUUUUCAAGAGAUUUCCAACAUGAUCUCUUAAUCAUUCUAGGCACAAAAUCGUUUGUACCAUACUGUUGAAUAAAAUUUUGCGCCGA